AUGUCUGACAGACGGCGCGUCAAUGGCCCUGCCGGCACGACCAGCCCUCCGGUCUUUGUGGCUUCGAGCCAAACUGUCGAGGCAGAGAAGAAACGACUACGAGCGCACAAUGAACUGCGGAAGAUAUUCUUACAGACUGGAGUCGUCCCUUCUGCCAGCGGGUCGGCAUACCUUGAACUCGAAAGCCAGCCUGUGAAGCCAACGCUUGUGUCUUUGUCCUCUACAAUCAAACUGUCUUGCUCGGUCCAAGGACCUAAGCCUCUACCGAGAACCGCAUCCUUUUCGCCCAAUCUGCAACUGAGUGCGUCGGUCAAGUUUGCGCCGUUUGCAACACGGAACAGACGAGGAUAUGUUCGUGAUUCUACGGAGAAAGACCUGGGGUUGCAUUUGCAGAACGCUUUGAAGGGUGUCGUCAUCCCCGACAGAUGGCCGAAGAGCUCCCUCGAUAUCGCAGUCACUGUUCUAGAGGGUGAAGACGACCAAGAGACAGGAGACCGGAUUUCGGGACUGGGACUCUACAACAUGCUGGCUGGGUGUAUCAACGUCGCCAUGGCGGCCCUUGCAGAUGCACGUGUCGAUUGCCUGGACCUCCUGGCAGCUGGAGUCGGUGCUAUCGUGUCUGGUGCAGAUGGGAAGCCGGUCAAGGUGCUUGAUCCUGCUGCUAUCGAACACAAGAAGGUGGUGUCAAGUUGCCUGGUGGGAUAUCUGCCUACACGGGACGAGAUCGUCGAACUAUGGUGCAGCGAUUCAGGGUCAUCUCAAGGAAAAGAGGACGCGGGCUUCGAAGAGCUGGUCGAUAGCGCGGUUGCAGCUGCUCGUGGUGCUCAAACGGUCCUGAAGGAAGUGCUACUAGAGUCCAUGAUGCGCAACCAGGUCACGACUAAGAAGUUGACUGGACAGACUGCGAAAGAUGUCGAGAUGACGGGGUGA